CCUGUAAAACAAAGACAGAAUCCAUUCAAGACCAAGAAGAAAAACAAAGCAGUUAAACCAAAAUCUCUCAAUAUGAAGUUUGACUGCCACCCCACUUUACUGUGGAGAGGGAAAAUCCACAGCAGCGCAGGAAGAGGCCCUUCACCAUUCGGAAGGGCAAAGAGAGCUUCCUACUAAGACAGAAAAAUUGGUGAUGACCCGAACAGACCUAUCUCACCAAGAAUUGACGAUCAGAAUGCAUUUCUGUAUGGUCGUUGGAAUCCAUUUAUCAAUAACCAAUAUAUUCAUUUUGUAUGAUAUAUUUAUUUUCUAUUGGCGAAGUGUAAAUGCACUGUGUAUAAAAAAAUUUUCCUAACCAAGUUGGCCUAUCUUUACAAGACAAGUUCAAUAUUGUGUUCUACGCCAAUACGCCCAAGACAAGGUCUGAGCUAUCACAAUUCACACACAGCAUUUGUGGAUUACCCUUCAAAUGCAGAGAAUUCCGCGGCUUCCUUAUGGUCCAAAAGAAAAAUUAAAAAACUCUGGCGGGAGUUAAACCCUAAGACACCUCUGAUAGAGUAGGUUCCAUGUAUAACUACAAACAAAUCCUUUCUCUUUCUCUCUGCCUCGAAGCCUUCGCUGAAGGAAAAGGAGCUUUCUUUCGUAUAAAACGGUCAACGACUUAACAUUUUCGGUUCUUUCUCUCUUUUUUCCCAAUUAUUUUUCUUCUUCUUUCAUGGCUUCCCAUUUCUCUCUGCAUCUCCCCAAGUCAUUAUACUUGUCAAAGAAGUUUUUUGGACCAAAAACCAAACGGACCAAGGUUGAUGUAGGCAAAUUAAAAUUAAAAGGGGAGAAACAUGGACAUUUUAUCUUUCUGAAGAAUAGUGGUUCACUUGGAUUGUUCUUUGCACGAUGCACUUCUUCCAAUUCUUUUUCUGCUGAAGGAACUUAUUGUGACAAUUGUGCUGCUGUUGCAAAAGUUGACAAUAAUGGGGUGGAGUUCAAUCGUGUGAAUUGUCUUUUAUGGGUCUUGCAUGAAUCUGCUGCAAGCUUUUCACGUGCAGUUCAGUCACUUGAGCUGCCAGGUAGAAGUGCAGAGCUUGCAAUGGCUUGGAAUGGGAAAGAUGUUCAUGAAUGGCAUAAACGCAUUGCUUAUCAGGUAGCUGUUUAUGCUUUGUUGGAAACGGCAAUUGAAGUAGAGAUGUUGCUUUCUCUUGAUCGUCGCAACAAAGCGUCCCCAGUUAAAGAAAUCUUGACCCCAAAGAUAAACUUGGUGGGAGAGUACAUUGAAAGUCAGUUGAACAUGCAGCAUCCAGAUUUAGUACAAUGGUUUAGAGUGGUGGAAUUGCCUCAUAUUGUGGGUUUUUUCAGUCCCUUGCUAAAGAAGUGGUCCAUGGAAUAUGCUGGAAGUGGUGUUGCAGGAAUAAUUGCAGCAAUAAGCUGCUGUGCUGCUGUUGGGAAGCUGGGUUCUGGAAGAACUUCUUGUCCCAUGUUUACAUUGUCAAUUGAGGAUGUAUUAGUAGAUCUCAUGGAUCUUUCACACAGUCUUGUCGAAGUGGAGAAAUUGCAUCAGUUAGCAACUGAGGCUGGAUUUGAACUCAACUUCCUAUCUCAUUUUGGAGCAAAGAUUCUGCCUUGUAACAAAAUUGAAGAGCUGGAAUUCUGGAUUGGGCUCGCUCAGCGAAAACUCUCUGUGGCAUUUUGCAAAGAAAUGGUGGUUAGAGGCACAGAAAAUUCUCAUGAAAAGGUUCAGGCAGGUAGUUUGGCUACUCUUGGACUUUUUGCAUUUCUGGGAAGAAAGACUAGAUUAUUCUUGUCAAGAAUGAGUGUUAAGGAUCUUGAUGAACUGGUUAAAGACUUCCUCAAUUACUUGGAGUGUGGUGUUCUUUUCAUUCAUCCCGAACUUGCUUCAGUACCAGCCUAUGAAUGUUUCAUGGAGAUAGUAACUGAAGAAAUUGGAUGGCUUGAUUUUUAUGCUACCUGUUAUCCUCUGAGCAAUCAAGAAAGGAAAAGGACAAAGCAGCAUCCAACUCAAGCAGAGAAAGAGAUUAUCCUAUCUACAGUAUUUACAAUUUGUUAUGAUGUUUUCUCUGGCUUUGCUCACUUCAGCCGUUCAACUCAACAGCCUUUAGAUGCAAAAUCACUAGAAUUCUUGCUGCGAAGCCAGAGUUUGUUAUCUAUUUGUCUGGAAGACUACCGGGCAGUUUAUGCUAGAUCUAGUGAAUUACCAAAGAUUGCAAAAGCAGGUGCUUCUGAUCACUCAUUGUACGUAGGAAUGAAGGGCAAAGAAAAGUUUUCUGCAGCGUUGGAAGCACAACAGGACCCAAGUGAGUUGAUGCUACAAGGAUGCAUAAAAGUUAAAUCUCAAAGGAAGGCUGGCGACUCUGCUGCAAUAGAAGUAAUAACCAUUGCAGAGGCCCCCAGCAUCUCCACCAAAUCAAGUCCUCUGCAUGAGAAUUUACUUCGGAGAUACAGUGCCAAAUUAGCAUCUACAAGCUCUGAUGUAUGGAUGGGAACCCAAUUGCUAUUUGUAGACAUCAUGGAUGCUUUGGAACUACUCUCAAAGCAAUUACGGGGUCAGAGAGUUUCAAGGAGGGAAAGAAGGAAGUUGCAGAGAAUACUAACCGACAUUGCUACCCUUAUCCCAAUUACAAUUUUAAUGCUACUUCCUGUCUCAGCUGUAGGCCAUGCAGCAAUGUUAGCAGCCAUCAAGAACUACAUGCCAUCUUUGAUCCCUUCUCCAUACUCUUCUGAGCGGCUUGAUGUUGUGAAACAACUAAACAGAACUAAGAAGAUGGAAGUUCAAUCAUGGAGCAACCUUCCAGAUCCAUCCUCUAGAAUCAACCUUGAGGACCCGUCCGCUAAUCCUGCUGUCUAAAAGAUUUUAUGUAAUAGUUGGCCUCUCAGAAUGCCAUUGGUACCUGAUUGUGUAUGUAGAUUCUGUACAUACUCGAUACUGAUACAAGAUGAAGUCUAAUGUAACUCGUUAUCUUACAGUGUAUAGGAUAACCACCAUUUGCAAAUACAAGAAAACAACAAGGGACUUGGACUUAAGAUUCGGGACUUGAGAAUUGACGGCCGUGAGUCGUCGUGCUCUCGGGACUCUGGGGCCUUGGUGCACGCGUGGUGCUCUCGGGGAGGGGGGCUUAACCUCGGUGCCUCCGGGCGGGAAGUUAGAGGGGACGAGGGGAGGGACGAAUCGGAACGACAAAAGGCUGAAUCUCAGUGGAUCGUGGCAGCAAGGCCACUCUGCCCAAUGGAGAGUGAAUGUAAAUAAUAAAUGAAAGUUAAUGAACCAAUUGAGUUUGAAAAGACUAAGAUUUUUGGAGAGAAAAUAAGUAUAGUGAAUUCAGUUGAAGUUAGGGAUCAUACCAGUGCUAUAUAUGCCCUUGAUUGUUUUAA